GUUAUGGCUGAAAAGCCGCUUGAUGCUGGAUGUGUGUCAAUUGCUCUUGAAGACACCGUGUGCAAUGGAGGGUCCCAGGAUGCACCUCUCCUCACCACACACCUGAAGAAGGUGGAAAACCAUAUCACUGAGGCCCAGAGGUUCUCUCAUCUGCCCAAGCGUCCAGCUGUGGACAUAGAAUUCACUGACCUCUCCUACUCUAUAAGGGAGGGACCUUGUUGGAAGAAAAGAGGAUACAAGACUCUCUUGAAAUGCCUAUCUGGAAAGUUCUGCAGUCGGGAGCUCAUUGGCAUUAUGGGUCCUUCAGGCGCUGGCAAGUCCACCUUCAUGAAUAUUUUGGCAGGAUACAGGAAAACGGGAAUGAAAGGGCAGAUCCUUGUAAAUGGGCAGCCUCGGGAUUUGCGAACAUUCAGGAAGAUGUCCUGUUACAUCAUGCAAGAUGAUAUGUUGCUGCCUCACCUCACAGUACUGGAAGCCAUGAUGGUUUCAGCCCACCUUAAGCUGAAGGAGAAAUUGGAAGUGAAAAAGGAACUGGUGAAUGAGAUUUUGACGGCACUGGGACUGCUAAAAUGCUCAAACACCCGCACCCUCUCUCUGUCUGGAGGACAACGCAAGCGGCUAGCCAUCGCGCUGGAACUUGUCAACAACCCUCCUGUUAUGUUCUUCGAUGAACCGACCAGUGGUCUAGACAGUUCCUCUUGCUUCCAAGUUGUGUCACUGAUGAGGUCACUAGCUCAAGGUGGGAGAACCAUCAUCUGCACCAUCCAUCAGCCCAGCGCCAAGCUCUUCGAGAUGUUUGACAAGCUCUUCAUCGUGAGUCAAGGACAGUGCAUCUACAAAGGGAUUGUUCCCAACCUCAUCCCCUUCCUGAAGGGACUUGGUCUGCAUUGUCCAACCUAUCACAACCCUGCCGACUUCAUCAUUGAGGUGGCUUCUGGUGAAUAUGGAGAUUUGAACCCUGUGCUCUUUAAGGCUGUGCAGGAUGGAAUGUGCACAAUGGCGGAAAAGAAGAACCCAACCAAUGGCAGUGAUCCACCAGGCUGGCCCAGCCAGAGCCUUGCGGACUCGGGCCCAAUUGAGAGCCGUACUUUUGCUAUAAGCUCCUUUGCACAGUUUUGUAUCCUCUUCAGAAGAACCUUCGUUUCCAUAUUGAGGGAUGCGGUUCUGACCCAUCUGCGUUUCAUCUCCCACAUUUGUAUUGGAGUUCUGAUUGGUCUGCUGUACCUCAACAUCGGUGACGAGGCAGAGAAAGUAUUUAACAACACAGGAUGCCUCUUCUUUUCCAUGCUCUUCCUCAUGUUUGCUGCUCUGAUGCCAACAGUACUGACCUUCCCUCUUGAAAUGUCUGUGUUCCUGAGGGAGCACCUCAACUACUGGUACAGUCUCAAAGCCUACUACUUAGCCAAGACAAUGGCGGAUGUUCCUUUCCAAGUGAUCUGCCCAAUUGUGUACUGCAGCAUUGUGUACUGGAUGACAGCACAGCCACCUGAGGCUUCACGGUUCCUCUUAUUUGCAGCACUUGCCACAGCGACUGCACUGGUGGCCCAGUCACUUGGACUGCUGAUCGGCGCUGCAUCCACAUCUUUGCAGGUUGCCACGUUUGUGGGUCCCGUCACUGCUAUUCCCGUGCUCCUGUUUUCUGGAUUCUUUGUUAGCUUUGAUACCAUCCCCACAUACCUGCAGUGGAGUUCCUAUGUCUCUUAUGUCAGAUAUGGCUUCGAGGGUGUCAUCUUGUCAAUAUAUGGGCUGGAGAGAAAAAAUCUGACCUGCAAUACUGAAUUUUGUCCUUAUAAGGAACCAAAGAAAAUUCUUCAAGAGUUGGAUGUGCAAGACUCAAAGCUUUACAUGGAUUUCAUUGUCCUGGGUAUUUUUUUUGUUAUUUUGCGUUUGAUGGCCUACCUUGUCCUGCGUUACAAAGUCAAAUCUGAAAGAUAGAAAGGAAAUUACAUACAGGAGGAUGUUUUGCGGUAUUUAGUCCUGCUGUUUGUGAACUGGAUCUAUUCUCGUGAGGUUUUGGAGCUGAACCCCGUGUUAAGAUUGGGAACAGCUAAGCCACAAAGCCUGAAUGGUAUUCUCUAAAAAGAAUCUUCAAACAUCAAGAUGGCUUUUGACAGGCCUUUUGGUUUCUCAAUUUUUAUUUUUUGCCUCCCUAGAUUUUUUUCUGAUUUUUUUUUAAUUCUCACCCCAUGUGGAAGAUGGUUUGUCAAAGAAAACAACCUGUAUAACGAAGCAACUCUACUUUCGUGUUCUACACAAUGAGAAUUUCAGAAUGAUGCACCAACAACUGUUGAAGAAGCUCCAGUUGUGAAUUGUUAGAUCAAUGUUACACUGAAGUGUAUUUUUUUUAAGAUACAAAACAGAACUUUAACUUUAGAACCAGAUUAUUAACAAGCACAGUUUUUGUAGGGCAAUGUACGCUUUAAUCUGUCACCUUGUGCAUGUUUGCUUAUAGCACGUUUUGUCAAAUUAUACUAACUGUAAGUUUAAAUAACCAACUAGGCUUUAAUUAUAAUAUUAGGCAUUGCGGGAAGUCUCUUACUUUUUAACAUUUCAGAAGUAUAUUUAGAAAGCUAGUCUUAAAAAUGUAAAAUAUUAUAAAAAACGGUAGUGUUAGCAGUUUUUACCACAUUUUGUAUUAGUAUUAUAGUUUUUAUUUUUACUUUAGUACUUAGAAAUUUCCUUUCUCAAUUAUUAAAAAAACACUUAAACUAUAUGUCUUUCUUCUCCCCCACACCACAGUAUUUUAAUUGGAUUUUUUGAGGAACUGUUUAAUUCUCUGAAAGAAUCUCCCAUUUUGUGUCGAAGUGCUGCAGUGUAUCCAGAUGUUUGAACAGCUCUCAGUGCUUUUUUUCUGAAUUGCUCAAUUUCUUUUGAAAAUUUAAUGCUACUUCAGUCCCAGAGUGAAAGGGACAAUAACCACCAUUUCAAUGUGACAGAUGGGUCCAGAAAGUUUACACUUCAAAUAAGUUCCAGUAAUUAUAAAGUGUAAUUGCCAAUGAAGCAUGCAGAAACACUUGGUAAUGUCCUUACACUGUUAUAUAAAAAAAACAUUACAAAUCUCUUAGUCAUGAUAUUGCAGUAUUUUAUAGUCUAACUACUCCUGGACUAUUGCCACUUAAACUUUGUCUGUGUGGCUGACUAUGGUGUGGGAGAGUGUACAGUUUUUAUAAUUUUAACUUCAAUACACUUGAGUUUGACUUUGUAAAAGAGCAGUAACCUAAUUGCAGGCUUGCACAUUGAAUCUCCAAUGAUCAGCAUUUAGAUUGUGGUUUAAAUUAUCAUUUUCUUCCACUAAUAUCUUUCCAUCAAGUUUCAAAUCUCCAUUUUUCAUCCAACAAUUUGUACUUUAAGUCUAGUUAAUUGGGGCAGCACGGUAGCGUACCAGUUAGUGGAAUUGCUUUACAGCACCAGUGAUCUCCAAUUCCUGCCCCUGUAAGGACUUUGUACAUUCUCCCUGUGACUGUGUGAGUUUCGUUUGAGUGCUCCAGUUUCCUCAUACAUUCCAAAGAUGAAUGGAUUAGGAUUGACAAAUUGUGGGCAUCCUAUGAUAGCGCCAGAAACACGGCGACACUGACCUCGCUGAUUUAUUUGAGGCAAACAAUGCAUUUUGCUGUAUGUUUCGGUGUAUAUGUGAAAAGUAAGGCUUAUCAAUUUAAAAAUUCGCAUCUCAGUGUUGAGGACAAGGCUGUUUAAAAAUAUGUGACAUUUUGUUGGUGAUCCUUUAUCCUAUUUCCCAGUUUCUAUUUUGUCAUCGAUCAUAUAAAACCAAAGUAAAGUCAAGUUUAUUUGUCUAUGUACAGAACAAGUACGUACAUGCACCAGUGCAAUGAAAUACUUGCUGUGUCAUCACAGACUCCCUUAAGGGGUUUGCAUGUCUGUAAGAGAAAAACAGUUAGCCUUCAGGUAGUGCAUUAUGCAGUUCUGAUCACCAAAAAUGAGGAAGAAAGCUAUUGGGAAGGGUGUCGAGAAGAUUUACCAGAAUGGUUCCACAGAUAUAGAAUUUCAACCACAAAACCGUGAUGAUGUGGCUGGUGCUGUUCUCCUUAGAGCGAAGAAGGGAGUGAGGAGAUUUGAUAGUGGUGAUAGACCCCAAGGGAUUGAGAAGCUAACCCCAUUAGUGUAUGGUUUUGGAAAAUGUGAUGGUAAGAAGAUGGGAGCAAAGUAAGGAAUGCCCGCAUUCUCCAUUGCUCUAGAGGCAGCAUGGUAGCGUAAUGAUCAGCGCAAGUCGUAAAAUGAGGGUUCAAUUCCUGCUGCUGUCUGUAAGGAGUUUGUACGUUCACCCUGAGACCAUAUUGGCUUUCCUCUGGUUUCCUUCCACAUUCGAAAGACGUACCUGUUAGCAUUAGCAAGUUGUCGGCAUGCUACGUUGACACCAGAAGCGUGGCCCUACUGCAUCUGGAGUGUGUUGGGUGUAGAUGCAAAAUGACACAUUUCUCUCUAUGUUUUGAUGUUUUGGUGUACGUGUGACAAAUAAAGCUAAUCUCUAAAUCCUUUAAAAGAAAACCAUAGACCCAGAAAAUGGUUUUGAUGCAGAUGUCUUUUGAGCUGGUGAAAAUUCUGUUAAUCUGGGUUUUUAAAAGGGAGUUUGUUAGACAUUUCAGGUAGAAUAAUAUACAGGACUACAGGAGCAAAAGGAAGGUGUUAGAUGGAUUAACCAGCUAGAACAAGAGUUAGCUUGAUGUGUUGAAUAGUCCACGCUGUGCCAUUACAGAUGUUCUGUAAUUCAGAUCAUUUAUUAUGAAAAUAUUAAGCUCAAAAUUGUAUAUUUAAUUCAUGCAUCUCAGAUCUGUUGUCUUCUUUGUAACUCUUGAAAGUUCCCAAUAGCUCAGGGAAUUAUUACACUCCUACAGUGGUCAGCAAUCUUGAUUGUUAUGUGCAGUGCUCUGUACCACCAACCCUUUGGUUGGACUCAUUAUUGCAUCCCACCCUUCUGUCAUCUGUGGCUGGUAUCUGUGCCUCAGACCUGAUUCCUAUUUCCCUGAGAAUAAAUCUUUUCCAAUUGAAGUACACAGGCAAGAACACAAACAAAGAUUGAAUAUAUGGCACUGCUUAAGUCAUAUUCAAAGGUUAAAGCCACAUUUUAAUGAAAAUACCUCCUGUACCUAAUAAAGUGCCCACUGAGUGUAUGUUUGUGGUCUUCUGCUGCUGUUGACCAUCCUCUUCAAGAUUUGACAUGUUCUGUGUUCAGAAAUGUGCUUCUGCAAACCACUGUUACAACAUGUGGUUAUUUGAGUUACUGUCAGCUUGGACCAGUCUGGAUGGUCUCUCCUGACUUCUCUCCUUAACAAGGCGUUUUCGCCCACAGAACUGCUAUUCACUAGAUUUUUUUUUGUUUUUCACACCAUUCUCUGCAAACUCUAGAGAGUGUUGUGCAUGCAAACCCCAGGAAAUCAGCAGUUUCUGGUAUACUCAAACCACCCUGUCUGACACCAACAAUGAUUCCAUAGUCAAAGUCACUUAGAUCACAUUUCUUCUCCAUUCUGAUGUUUUGUCUAAACAACAACUGAACCUCUUAACUAUGUCUGCAUGUUUUUAUGCAUUGAGUUGCUGUGACAUAAUUGGCUGAUUAGAUAUUUGCAUUAAUGAGCAGGUGUACCUAAUAUAGUGGCUACUGAAUGUAGAUAAUAUUAGGGUCUUGGUGGGAGGGAAAAGGGUCUAUAUUUGACCUUUGUUCAUUCCUGCAAACUUUGAACCCUCUUGAGCCUCCGUAUUAAACAGUUGCUUCAUAAUUCAUAAUAGAGCAGCACAGUAGAGUUGUGGUUAGCGUAACCCUAUUGCAGCAUCAGAAACCUGGCUUCAACCUGGCCACUGUCUGUAAGGAGUUUCUACGUUCUCCCCAUGACUAUGUGUGUUUCCUCCAGGUGCUCCGGUUUCCUCCCAUAUUCCAAAGAUAUAGGCGUUAGUUAACUGGUCACACAGGUGUAAUUGGGUGGCACAGGGUCAUUAAGCCAGAAGGGCCUGGUACCGUGUUGUAUCUCUAAAUAACUAUAACUGUACUAAAUUUUACAGAAUGUAUGUUUAGAAACAUUUGAUAAUUUAUGUGUGCUUUGGGAACCAAGUGGAUUUAAAAUAUUUCUUGUGCAAGCCUUGCAAAUGGGGAGCUACCUCUUUGUAUUUGCAGAAUCAAUGCAAUUGUAAGAUUUAUACAUGUGUAAUACAUCUGCGUACGUGUGUAAAUAGAGCUAAAAAGUCUGCACGGAUGUCAAAGAAUUCAACACGUUCACAAAGACCCAUUUGCACUGUACAAGUCACUUGGAGAUGAAUGCGGUGCAAUUUUGGCAUUAAGCUGUUCAAGCAACUCUUGAAGAAACCUCUUCUGACAGAGCCUAAUCAUUCAGCAACUACGUGUUCUCCAGAGACACAGAGAUAAAGGAGCAAACCUUUGCAAGAUGUCAGAGAUAAAAACAAAAUUGCUUUGCAGCUUUCGUUUAAAUUGAAAUGAGAAAACAAGAUAUUGCCAGUGCUCUUUUAAUAAAGAAUGUAAAUUGUAACAGUGUUACAGCCAGGUGAAUUGAGGAAUUCCUCUGUCAAGCAAGUGACCAAGAUUCAUUUUGUGUGCAGCAGACUAUUUUCCACUUCCCAUCUUUUUGGGAAAAUUAUCCUGCUUUUAUGGAGGGAUUUGCUGCAGUUUCUGUUCCCUCUACUCUUUAGACAGACUCUGUUUACUGAGUGAAUUGACAUUGUUUGCUGAUCAACAAACUAAUCGUUAGAAACUCUGCCUCACCUCCAACUCGUUGGUUAUAGCACGGCUUCCAGUGAAUGCUGUUUAUUAAUGGUGCUUUGUUCAAACUAGGAGGUAAGUUUAAAUGUUUUAUUGAACAAUAACAACUUAGCAAAUAAUAGAUGAUUGUAUGUAGAAAUCUGUGCGUAAAGCUGGAUUAACAAUUUUUGUGGACCUGGCAGCAAAGUCAAGAGUCAAACUCAAGGCAUUAACUUUUCUUCCUGGUUCAAGUAUCAAUCCUGAUGAUUUAGGAUUUAUUUUAAAUUUUUUUUACAUUUUUGUUUUCUGGGAAUUCUUGUUCAAGUAGAGGGUACUCUCGCUGCUCUGGACAAGUAAUACAGAAUGACUGAUACCGUUUCUAUGAGGGAAUUGAUGGGGAUCGGCCAUCUACCAGCACUUACACUCCCUCCUUGUUAAGGGCACCACCUUGUGUUUCCUGCUAGACAGUUUGUGUCAGUGGUGUUAAGACAACAGAGUUAUCCUUGAUGGGAGUCAGCCUAUAGUCUAACAGCCUGCGAAUGACCACUGUCUGGACAGACCCAAGAAGCAUGAGCACUUGAGAUUCAAAAUUGUGAAAUCAAGAUUCAAGAUUGUUUAAUGUCAUUUCCAGUACACAAGUGUGAAGGAGAAUGAAAUAAUUGUUACUCUGGAUCCGACGCAGCGCAAAAAAACACAAAGGAUGAAGAACACAAUAAUCAUAAAAAAAACAAUAAAUAUAAAUACCUAAGAUGGCUUUUAUAUAUAUGUAUCGAUUGAUUGUACGUCCAUAAAGUGAUGCUAGGUUGUACGUAAGGUGACUGAUGGGAAAUAAUAAAGUCGUGGUGGAGUUAGUGGGUGGAGAUGUUGAUCAGCCUUACUGCUUGGGGAAGUAACUGUUUUUGAGUCUGGUGGUCCUGGCGUGGAUGCUACAUGGCCUCCUCCCUGGUGGGACUGCAGGGCUUUCCCAGAGCCUAAGGCGCUUUAUCUCAACAUGACAGAAGUGAAGAGAACAGCAAUGAUGAUAACAAUCAUCACUGACCAGAAUUAACCAGAAUUUGCAUUCAUUUAACCAUGAUCUCUGUACAAUGCUUUCACUCUACAAUCUUUGCUGAUGGCUAUUUCAUAAUGGUAUCUAGAGGUAGUGGACAGGGAGAAAUAUCAGUGGAAUCCCACCAGAUUAGCAUCUUUGAGGUAGAGGAAGAAACAGAACAGACGUUUGUGUAGUUCCUCAGCGUUCUCUUGGUGAACUAUGACUGCCACCCACCUAAUGUGUCAGUGGCAGUCAUUUUGUUUGGCUUGAACCACUCUCUCCCCAUGCCUCAUGCACUUGCUUCAACACCAUGCAGGGCAGUCCUCAUCAAGGAAGAACAAGUCAAAGCCAAUGAGCAGGACGGAUCUCAAAUCAUCUGCGGUGUUGGGAAUCUUGAUGUAGAGAUGGGUCAUGCUCUAUACUGGUGUGGGUGUUCAAUUCAGGUUCAAAGAUUGCCAUGUUUGCACCCCCAAUCUGUGUCCCCUGAUCAGGACGUGGCAUCACUGACAAUCUGCCCUCAAAGGCUGCUUCAAAACUGGGAACAUAAAGCCUGCUGGGUGCUGUAAGUAAACUGUACCUCCUCACCUACUGCAUCUGGAAUCAUUUAUUAUACAUAAACAAAUAUUUAACAUAAAUAAAUAAUGCAUUAAUAUAACAUGCGUUCGGAAUAAACAGAUCUCCAGUGGUUGGAGGCCAUCUACAUUCACACCAAUUGUAUUCAGUCCUUAAAUAAAAAUGCAAAAAAACUUGCAGAUGCUGAAAAUCUGAAAUAAAACCAGUAAAUGAUGGAAACACUCAGCAGGUCAAGCAGCAUCUGUGUUUCAAUUGCUGCCAUGAUGUAAUUGAGAUGAUUAAUUUUCAGUUCUGAGUACUUUGCACAUCUGUGUUAAAGGAAAGGUUUACUUUUCCAACACUGAAGAAAAGAUAUUAAAAUCAGCACUGUAAUUAUACAAUCCCAAAUUAAGUGUGUGAUGUUCUGUUCGCACUGAGUACCAGCUUAGGCCUAAGAAAGCUGCUAGGAGGGAAUACUGAAAGGAUCAAUUAGGUUAAGCACUGUUCUCUUCCACUCCCGCCAAGGUCCAAUGUUCUGCAGGUAGGAAGACUCUUAAUAAGAGUGGAAUCAUUUUGAGAAAGUAGAAUAUGGGUGCUGAUUUCAGCAACAUUUUAAAAGGAUUGGCAGAAAGGGGAAAAAAAUUAAAUUGACCAGUGGCCCUGCCCCUAAUCGAUGUUGAAUUGCUAAUGUUAGAAAACUCCUACUUCAUCUCUACAAAAGAGAUUGGCCUUGAAAGCAGGACAUCCUACAGGUACAUAAUCCACUGAAGGCUAAUGAGUGCUUAGAGCAGCUCAGAUUGGGGUUAGUGGGACCCGUGCAAUUUUAUAUCAGAGGAGGCAAUGCUUUUAAAGGAGAAUUGAAGAGAGGGAAGCAAAGGAUUUGAUGCAAUGCUUUUGAAAUACUUUAAAGAAUGUUUUAUUUUAGUGAAUGAACCAAAUAUGUUCUCCUUCCAUGGCUUAUUCUGUUUAUAUUGCAUGUGCUAAAGACUUGAUUGUCAGGCUGAUUUUUUAACAGAACUAAAGUCAACACACGGGUCACAUAUUAAUAAUGUUUAUGCAAAUCAAAGAUGUAAUGUCCAAAGUUGCUCAUGAAUAUUUAUACCAGUGACUGUUGUUGGACUGUAUGUUACUUUCAGUAAAAAGUUUCUGUUAACAUAUUACUAAUAAAACAACUAUUUAU